AUGGUGGUGGACGAGGUGAGGGAAGUAAGCUCGGGCCCACAAACCUCACUUCUUGCUCUUGCACCUCUCCGGCACAAAAUGCCAUCGCGUUAUCUCUUUCAUUUCGCGCAGGCGCACGACGAUUUUAGACUACCCGAACUUGCGUCAGUCGCUGAACUGCAUGGCAUCUCCUACUCGUUGCCUCAAGAACCUGAAAAUCGCGAUCCCAAACGACCAUACAUGGCCAUUGAUCUGGAACGAGAGGACCACGCGCGCACCCUCGCCAGACGGUGCGUGUUAAUAAAGGCUGUCUACGAGUUCUACGGACAAGGAUCAACAUACAAGGAACUCCACGAAGCUAAUCGCAAGAGCAAACUAUUAUGGACGCGUUACGUCGAAGAUACCUCAUUCCGGUUUCUUGUAACAGCGUAUCAGCACAAGAUACCGCAAUCCAGACAGAGAGAUGUCAUUGAGAGCUUCUCAUACAUGGGCUUCCUCGGGAAGAUCGAGAUGAAGAACCCAGAGAUCACACUCACAGUUUUCGAAGAAUAUGAAGACCGGCAUGGAAUGACACGCGUGAAGUAUGAAGGAGAUGGCAAUUUCCGUCAGCUGUUCUUUGGCAGGUUGCUAGAAGAAGGCUCUGCUCGACCUCUAAUAGGGAAAUUUGACGUCAAAAAGCGAUCAUAUUAUGGCAAUACUAGCAUGGAGGCGGAAGUUUCGCUACUCAUGGCCAACCAAACCCUCGCUUCUCCGGGAAAGUUCAUCUAUGAUCCUUUUAUGGGUACGGGAAGCAUGGCCUAUCCAGCUGCUUAUCUCGGUGCUCUUGUCUUUGGGUCAGACAUCGAUGGUCGUCAGAUGAGAGGAAAACAAAAGACACCAGGCGUCAUUCGAGCUGCUACACAGUACGGCGUCGCAUCUCGCAUCAUCGACCUGGCGACUUUCGAUAUCACCCAUAAUCCAUGGAGGUGUGGAGAACUAUUUGAUGCCAUCGUCACGGAUCCUCCUUACGGUGUCCGCGCUGGAGCGAAACGUUUAGGCCGGAAAAAAGAACUUUCUGAAGAAAAGAAGGCGCUGACCCUGCAGCAUAGCCUGGAGGCCCGCGCAGAUGACCAGCCGUACAUCCCACCAACGAAACCGUACGAGCUAUCACAUUUGGCCACCGACCUUGUACUCUUUGCCCGAUAUCUCCUAAAACCAAACGGACGACUAGUGUUCUUCCUUCCAACAGUAACAGACGAAUAUGAGGAAAUCGACAUCCACGCCAUGCUCUGCGAAGGGAUGGAGGUUAUUGCAAAUUCAUUGCAAGAUUUCGGCUCAUGGGGAAGGAGGCUGGUGACUAUCCGCAAAACGACAAGAGAACAAUAUGCACCACCAACUUUCCCACCUAGGCUACCUCAGGAUCUUGAUGAGGAUGUCCAUGUGCCUGCACAUAAAGACUUCAGAGAGAAAUACUUCCAGGGAUUCAAGCCGAAGGCAGAAGAAUCAAAAGAAUUGUCAUAG